CUUUUUGUCUCAGAUCCGAACACCCAAAUCCUAAUCAAGAACUUCUCUGCUCACAGAUUCCUUCAACUUCAAAGAUCACAAGCCGGAUCAAAUCCCACUACCCAUUAUUCUCCAUUGUUGAUUAAUUUUCAAAAAUGGGUAAAGGCGGUGGCUGCGUUCCUAGCAAGAAGAAGCCUCCGGCAGCUACAGCCGAAAUUCCGUCGAACCCACCGAUUCAGCUCGCUAUUGAGAACAUCGCGGGUUCUCUUGAUCACCCUACCCGCGCAGCGUCUUUGGAGUCAGUAGUCGUCGCUCCCAAAUUGAAGAUAUUCAUUGUGUUUUACUCGAUGUAUGGCCACGUUGAGUCGUUGGCCCGGCGGAUGAAGAAAGGUGUCGAUGGCGUUGAUGGUGUGGAGGCAGUUCUAUUUAGGGUUCCUGAGACGCUUUCAAUUGAUGUAUUGGAGAAAAUGGGGGCUCCUACGAAAGACGAUGAGAUUCCAGAAAUUUCUUCUUCUGCUGAACUGGCUGUUGCUGAUGGGAUCUUGUUUGGAUUUCCUACAAGAUAUGGGUGUAUGGCAUCGCAAAUGAAGGCUUUCUUUGAUUCGACGGGACAGUUAUGGAAGGAGCAGAAGCUCUCUGGAAAGCCUGCUGGUUUAUUUGUCAGCACUGGAACUCAAGGAGGGGGUCAAGAAACUACAGCAUGGACAGCAAUCACACAAUUAGCACAUCAUGGAAUGUUGUUUGUACCAAUUGGGUACACAUUCGGAGCUGGUAUGUUCAAGAUGGAUUCGAUUCGCGGAGGUUCUCCAUAUGGAGCUGGAGUCUUUGCUGGUGAUGGGACAAGAGAAGCUAGUGAUUUGGAGCUUGCACUUGCCGAACAUCAAGGCAAGUAUAUGGCUUCCGUGGUCAAGAGGCUCGCUCAAACUUGAAAGUAUGUUUCAACUAAAUGAAAAGAAAACAAAACCAAUAUGAUUCUUUGUUUUGUCAAUUAUUUGCAUAGUUUUGUUUGAUCUUGUUUGCCUUUUGAUUUAUUCUUGGUGUUCUUCGGAAACAUGCAUAAACACAUAUCUAGUUGUCUUUGUGUUUUGUUGCUUCAUUUUUUUUGCCCUAUUUAUUUGUGAGAAAAAAGUUGUAAAUGUCUAUUCUAUUCUAUCUUUUGUUUCCCUAAGGCUCUUUUGAGUUUUUGGUUUGUU